AUUGAUGAUUUGAAAAUAUUCUCGUUAGUUUCAAAUUUAUUGUUCAACCGUCAACAAUAACACAUUAUACAAAAGCGCUUUGAUAGUGCACGUUCUUCGCGUUAAAUUUGAAAUCGUUUCUUUUUUCUCGCUCGCCGUUUCAUCUUUUAAACUGAUAAACAAUUUAACGACAAAUAAAGUAUUAGAAUAUUUAAUGUUCGUAAUUUAACAUGGAAUGAAGUGCUGGGUUUUUCAACAGAAGUGUAAUUCUAUUCUGAACACAAAAAAAAACGAUUUGAUUUGUAUGUUACAUUCUAACUCACGUUCAAUACAAUUUUGUUGAUUUGUGUUAUUUACAUUUGUGUAUAUCCAUUAAGUGCUCACUUUGAUAAAAGCAAUUAACUUCGACUUCUGCAACAAAAUGCCAGGUGCUAUGGAAAUGCUGCUUAACCGAGUGAGAGGGCACCAGCGAGUCCCUUCCGAUUCGAAAGAAUUCCACGAGGUGACCAAACGUGACGCACAAAUCCAAUUAGAAGUUGAGCUCGAUAAAUUGCUGAAAACGUCCAACGAUGAGCUGAAACCGUUCCUCAGCGGCGAAAUGGGUCGCUUUUCGGCGCUGUUCCAGCGAUUUUUAUCGGAAGACGGUCCAUCGGUCGCUUGGGAAAAAAUUCAGAAAUUGCCGGAAGAUGCGAUCAGACAUUACGAUACGCUUAGUUUACCAAAGGAAGAUCAAAUUCGUGAAAUGCUUGACAAAUUGGUUGUGAUUAAAUUAAAUGGUGGUUUAGGCACGUCAAUGGGUUGCCAUGGUCCGAAAAGUGUGAUUCCAGUUCGAUCGGACCUAACAUUUUUGGAUUUGACUGUUCAACAAAUUGAGUCUUUAAACAAACAGUACAAUGCUAACGUACCACUGGUUCUGAUGAAUUCGUUUAACACAGACGAAGACACAGAGAAAAUUAUUCGAAAAUACAAAGGAUUUCAAGUGCAAAUACAUACGUUCAACCAAAGCUGCUUCCCUAGGAUCAGCAAGGACUCAUUACUGCCAGUUGCCAAGGAUAUGGACAUCGAUAAGGACAUUGAAUCGUGGUAUCCGCCCGGGCACGGUGACUUUUACGAAUCGUUCCAAAAUUCCGGUCUUCUGAAACAGUUUCUGGAUGAGGGUCGCGUAUACUGUUUCUUGUCCAACAUCGAUAAUCUUGGUGCAACGGUUGACCUGAAAAUUCUGAACAAACUGCUGCACGAAAAAGCGAGCAAUGGAGACUCGGUUGAAUUUGUAAUGGAAGUAACCGAUAAGACUAGAGCCGAUGUUAAGGGCGGUACACUGAUUCAGUACGAAAACAAAUUGAGAUUACUGGAGAUUGCGCAGGUGCCGAACGAGCACUUAGACGACUUUAAAUCGGUCAAGACAUUCAAAUUUUUCAAUACCAACAAUAUUUGGGCAAAACUUGAUGCAAUCGAUCGUGUUCUGUCGCACAAAACACUAAACAUGGAGACAAUAGUCAACCACAAGACGUUGGACUCUGGCGUUCGUAUCAUACAAUUGGAGACGGCUGUCGGUGCCGCAAUGAAAUGUUUUGAUGGUUCGAUUGGCAUCAAUGUGCCCCGUUCCCGUUUCUUACCGGUUAAGAAAACGUCCGAUCUACUGUUGGUUAUGUCGAAUUUAUAUAGUCUGAAAGGUGGAUCAUUGUGUAUGUCACCGCAACGAAUGUUCCCGACCACACCGCUAGUCAAGCUGGGUGAUAAUCAUUUCAGCAAGGUGAAAGAGUUCCUGGGAAGAUUUGCCACCAUACCGGAUCUCAUCGAGCUCGAUCAUUUGACUGUCUCGGGUGAUGUAACAUUCGGUCGUGGAGUUUCGCUCCGUGGCACUGUCAUUAUUAUUGCCAAUCACGGGGAUCGUAUCGAUAUUCCCGCUGGUGCUGUGUUGGAGAACAAAAUCGUUUCGGGUAAUAUGCGUAUCCUGGAUCAUUAACGUCGAACGGAACUUUUAUUUGGAGCCAGUUUAUCUUUCCUAACGUUUUCGUUGAUUGUUUUAAUUUCUUUAUAGCUUUUAGUAAUCAUGCUGUUAACGUUUGAGAUUAAAUGUCGUUACCUUACGGAUAA